UAAACAUUAAAAAGGUUUGUUUAAUUCUCAUGUAAAAUGUAGUAGAAAUUAACAACAACAUAGUCAGGAUUGAAGAAUGGAGCCAUUUGAAAAUUCGUCGUCAGUACCCAGAUACAGAAAAGAGUUUUCCACCAUGCCGAGUGACAAGCUUCUCAAACACGAUAAAGAUAUCGUAGCGGCCAUUGAUUUUGGGACAACAUACUCAGGUUAUGCCUAUUGUAAACGUGCUGACUACACUGCGAAUCCUGUUAACCCAUCAAUAAAAUGUAAUACGUGGAUUGGAGGAGAAAAUUUGACUUCUAAAGCACCGACAUGUGUACUGUUUAAUACAGACCUGAAAUUUCAUAGCUUUGGUCAUGAGGCUAUUAAGAAUUACUACGUAAAUCCUGACAAAUUGAAAUUGAAGGAAUAUUACUACUUCGAAUAUUUUAAGAUGAUGCUGUAUGAACAAGAGGACAUAACCACAGAAAUGUUCUUAGAGGAAACGAUUAAAGAAGACGAUGUUAAAAAGAGAAAAAAGAUGAAAGCAGUUGAUGUUUUUGGGGCUGUAAUAGGCUACUUUCGAGAUCAGUUAUUAUGCACUCUUAAAAAAACAGGUGAAGUUAAAGACAAGUUUACAGAAAAAGAUGUCAUGUGGGUGAUUACUGUUCCUGCAAUCUGGGAUUUGAAAGCAAAGCAGUUUAUGAGAGUAUGUGCUAAAAAGGGAAAAAUAGAUCACGACCAGCUCAUCUUAGCGCUUGAACCAGAAGCAGCUUCUAUUCACUGUCGAAGGGUACCAGUUGGUGUUCAAACAGAAGGUGAUGGGAGGAAAAUUAUUGCAGCAAUGGCACCAGGAGCACAAUUCAUUGUGCUUGACCAAGGAGGUGGAACAACUGAUAUUGCUGUACAUGAAGUUACAGGGGUUGAUACGCUAAAAGAGGUCCACCAGGCUUGUGGGGGACACUGGGGAGGAAUAACAGUUAACAAACAGUUUUAUAAUUUUCUGGAAGAGAUAUUUGGCAAGGAUGUUAUAGAUAGAAUCAAAGAAAUUAAUCCGUCGGCAUUUUAUUCACUACUUCGUAACUUUGAAGACAAAAAGACAUCAUUCAAAAAAGAAGAUGAGGGCGAACCGGAAGGGAAAGUAACACUUAGAUUACCUAUUGAAUGGACAGAUACUUUCAAGGCCAUUAGAUCACUUCCUUUUGCUAAAGCUGUAGAAAAAACAAAUUUCAAAGAUCGGGUAAUAGUGAACAAAGAUAAAUUUCGAAUAAAAAACAAUUUGUUUAGAACAUUCUACAAUUAUUCUCUUGAAAAUGUUAUACGAGAACUAGAGAGAUUGCUAGCAAAAAAAGAAUUAAAGUGCGUCAAAACCUUGUUGGUUGUUGGUGGACAUUCAGCUUCAACGGUGCUAACCGAAGCGCUCAAAGCAAAAUUCCCGAAUAUUGGAAUGGUGAUUCCAAAAGAUCCGGGAUUGGCGGUAUUAAAAGGUGCUGUUAUGUUCGGGUUUGAUCCUGGCACGAUAACAAGUCGUGUUGCAAGAUUUACAUAUGGUAUUGGAACAACACGUGCGUUUGAGAAAGGAGAUCCAGAAUCAAAGAAAAUUAUUGUAGACGGAGUUGAAAAGUGCAAAGAUGUUUUUGAUAAACAUAUAGAAAUCGGCCAAAUUCUGGAGGUUGGAGAGGACAAAUAUCUCGAAGAACAUAACUAUGUUCCUCUGUAUAAAGAUCAGACCAGCGUAGAUUUUAUUUUUUAUGAUACUUUAAACAAAUCACCAAAGUAUGUCACAGAUGACGGCUGUCGCCGGAUUGGGUCAUUGCACUUUAAACUGACAGAUGGUAUGACAGGAAAGCGAACCAUGGCUUUGAAAAUCAAUAACAGUGGUACAGAACUUGUAUCCCUUAUAACUGAAAUAGGAACAACAAAACUAAGUAAAGGUUAUUUCCGACUACCCUCUGAUUCUAAUUUAAGUAAACAAAUCAGCCAACCACGGUAGAACUAUCACGUGUACAAAUCAUAAUGAUAUUUAUAGUUUUAAAGUACUAUAUGCACAAUAAACUUACAUAUUUGUAAAGUUUGUAUAAUAGCGUUUAUUUUCUGUAAAAACAUUGCAAAAUUGAAUACAAAAAGAACAAACUGUUACUCGCAAUCACUCUCAUUCGAGUCAACAAAAUCUGCCUACCCCUGAUGAACUUUUAUUUCUGUUUUUUUCUAUACUUAAAUUAUUUUAAUAUGUUGGUUGGUUUUUGUCUGUGUUACAAU